AGCAGCAGCAGCAGACACCUGAGUCACUGCAGCCCUCCGCACAAUGCCAGGCCUGCACACAGGGCACUGGUGUGCCCAGUAGGCUGGUGUUGGUGCUGCUGUGCCUGUUCCACCCUCUUGUGGGCUGCAGCAGUGACUAUAUGGGAGCAUGUAAUGAGGCAUGUGAUUGCUGCCUCUGCUCCAGGAGGAGGUGGCUUCAGGAUUUGCAUGGGCUGAAGGCAAAAGCUGCAACAGUCUCGAUUAUUUUUAGCUGGUGUGGUACAGAUCACGUUGCACAGAGCAGGCAAUUGCUUGUCUCUUGCACUGGGGAGCAGGAGGAAAGAAGAUUGUGGAUCCCUUUAUCCCUGCACUAGAUCAUCUGCCCAUAGAGGAAGGCACACUGCUGCCAGGACAUGGCCAGCCCUGCACUAGAUCUAGAGGACAUCACCCAGCCCCAGGAAUCCCCCCCUGAUGCUGCCUGCAGAGAAGCCCAGAAGUGGAUCGAGCAAGUUACGGGUAGAAGUUUUGGUGACAAAGAUUUGCGUAGUGGACUGGAGAAUGGAAUCCUUCUUUGCGAGUUGUUGAACGCAAUCAAACCAGGACUAAUAAAGAAAAUCAAUAGACUGCCUACACCCAUUGCGGGGUUGGAUAACGUAACACUAUUCUUACGGGGCUGUAAAGAACUAGGCCUUAAAGAAUCACAACUUUUUGACCCUGGUGAUCUACAGGACAACUCAAACAGAACAACAGUCAGACUUUCUGAUUGUAACAGGAAAAUAAGAAAUGUACUAGUCACUGUUUAUUGGCUUGGAAAAUCUGCAAACAGCUGUGCUUCCUACAGUGGAAACCACUUAGAUUUGAAGGAGUUCGAGGUUCUGCUGGCCCAGAUGAGAAAGGAAAAUGAAGAGAUUGAGAGCCCUAAAAGAAGCAUCCGUGACAGUGGUUAUAUAGACUGCUGGGAUUCAGAGAGAAGUGACUCCCUGUCUCCCCCAAGACAUGGUAGAGAUGAUUCUUUUGAUAGCCUGGAUUCUUUUGGUUCUAGAUCACAACAGACACCUUCACCAGAGGUCAUUCUGAGAGGCAGCAGUGAUGGCAGGGGAAGUGAUUCAGAAUCCGAUUUACCUCACAGACGGCUACCUGAUGUUAGGAAAGAUGAUAUGUCUGCCAGACGGGUUUCUUUUGGCGAAAACAAAGUAAUAGUGCCUUUUAACCAGUACCUCCCCAACAAAAGCAACCAGACUUCAUACAUCCCAGCUCCCUUACGCAAGAAAAAAGCUGAACGGGAAGAUUACCGGAAAAGCUGGAGUACUGCCACUUCACCACUAGGUGGAGAAAGGCCCUUCAGCCCAAAUCGCCCAGAAACAAUUGAGGAAGAACGUUGUGAGGGACACAAUGAGGAGGAUAGGACCACUCAAGUGGCUACCCAUAAAGGGAUUCUUGGGAAAGCCACCAAGCUCAAAGAGCAAUUUGAUCAUCAAGAAGAGGACGCAGAGGAUCAGCCUGAUCCAGAUGAUGUAGAGGGUCGGAAAUUAAAAAGCCUUCAAAAAGUCGGAAUUAAGGUUAUGCCCGCAGCAAAGCGAUAUAGCAGUGAAAAGCAAUCUCUUGAAGACCAAGAACCAGAGAUAGUGAUCCAGAGGGAAAACAGUAACCCAGCUAAUGUGGACUCAGAGGAGGAAGAAGAGUGCAGAGUUCCCGAUAUUGAACGAGAUGACCUGGCCACACGAAGAGCAAGGAUGAACCAACCUAAAAUUUCCACACCUUUUAAUCCAUAUAUACAGGGUUCCUAUAUUAAUAAAUCAAAACUUUCUCAGGACAACACCUUGGCCUCCACCCCUGCUUCCCCUAAACAUACUGUGAAUAAAAGCAAACUUGAAAGCCAAGAACAAACAAAAGAAACACCGGCUGUCACUCUUAAGAGCAAUAUAGUUCAAAGACCUGCAGUCAUUGAGUCAGAUGAAGAAGAGGAGAAGAUUCCGGAUAUACAGCGAGAUGAUUUAGCCAAGCGCAAAAGGCAGGGAGCAGCCUCACAUCAGAAGGAACAUAAAGUUUUUGGAACAGCCUCAAUAACCAAAGCCGAUCUGGCAACCUGGCAGAGACUUAAGCUCUCUUCUGAGGAUAGUGAAAAUACUCCUGCAUUCCAACCCCAAGAGAACAGCCAAAGUCCCAACAUUGAUUUGGCCAGAGCGGCUAAUGAUGACUUUGGCAAACGCAAGUUAUCUUUGCAAGAGAAGAGGGCCAGGAAUAAGCAAAAAUUUGUGAGGUUUGGUCCAGUAACUGAAAUUGAUCAAAAAAAGUGGGAUAGACUGUGCAUUGCUAAGCCUGGUGCUAGUGAGGCAAGUGCCAGUGAUGACAAGGUGUCCGAAAUAACAUGCACUAAAGCAGUCAUAUCAGAUACCUCAAAAAUUGAAGUCGUGGAAACAACUCCACUCUCACAACCCAGUACAAGUAGGCCUGCCAAACCUGAGGUUUGUAGAUUACCAGAUGUUUCUGCACCUCCCGAAAAUGAAGCCAAUGGACAGCUCCUAGAUACCAAACGGGAUGACAUGUUGGCACGCAGAAUGGGAACAUUUCAGAAGUGUGCCAAACUCAAUAGCCCAUCACCUGCCUCUGAUGACUCACAUGGAUGUGCAGAUCACGGAAAAGCAUCAGAACAAACAAUGGAAGUGGAUGGACAUAGCCAGCCAUCACAAGAGGACAGCCAGCACGUGAGUAAGGUGCCACCUUGCAGUGUUGAAGAAACAAACUGUGGAGAUUCUUGUAGCAACCAUGUUGCUAAACAUCCUACUGAUCCUGAUACUGUAGCAGAUACUGGUAAAAUAGAUAGGAACUUGCAGGACAGAAGCACCCCAGACCCGGAAAAAGAUGAUAUGAUGGUCAGAAGAAUCUCAGUCACUCAGAAGCCAUCUACUGUAACAUUGAGUCACUUCCUUCCAGUGCCAUUUUCUGUGCAACCAAAAGCAGAGGAGAAAAGACCGUUAUGUAUACAAAAGGAAAAGAAACAUCAAAGCUCCCUCCAAGCAAUCACUCUUUUGCCAACUCAUACUUCCCAAACACCCACCACCUCCGCUUCUGACAGUCCAUCACAACAGAUUGAACCAAACAAAGCAGAAGAUUCACUUGAAUUCAGUACCAAUGACCUGACAAGCAAACAAAUGUGCAGCCCCAUUCAGAGCACUCCCAUAUGUGCGGAGCCUAAGCCCCAACCAGAAGGAAAUCUUGAAAAUCCUGACCUUGAGUGUUUGAGAUUCAGCAGCCCACAGUCUGCUCUAUCAGAUGAUGCAGAGAGUGUAAGCAUGUUGGACAUGAGGUAUGAAGAGGAAGGAACAAUGAUGCCGCACAGCAGGGCCCACCAAGAACAUCUGCAGUUUGUGAAUGAUCUUCUCAAAGAGGAGGAUGACACGUGGCAGAAUGACCUUGCCCGAUGGAAGACCCGCAGGAGAAGUGCAUCACAGGACCUGAUAAAGAAAGAAGAAGAAAGGAAAAAGAUGGAGAGGCUGCUCAGUGGAGACAGUGACUCCGAAAGGAGAAGAAGCAUAAAAACAUAUAAAGAAAUAGUGGAGGAGAAAGAGAGGAGAGAGAAAGAAUUGCACGAAGCCUACAAAAAUGCUAAGACAAAAGAGGAAGCCGACAAGAUUUUGCAGAAAUACAUAGAAAGGUUUACAAUAAGUGAAGCUGUUCUUGAACGUUUAGUGAUGCCAAAAAUCCUUGAGAGAAGCCACUCGGUGGAGCCAGGCUUACUCUCCUCUACAGAGGACCCCAACCCCCUGAAAUAUCUGAGGCAAGAGUCUCUACCGUCUCCUAAAUUCACAUCUACAGUGGAGGCGACCAUCUCUCCUACUAGUGAGUCAGACUACAGAACACCAGCAGGUCGGACAUCACCAACAAAAAAUGUGGUUUCUAAGGCAGUGCCUAUGCUGACUGCCAGGCCUUACUCCCAGCCCAGAAGCACACAGCAGGUCUUGAAGACAUUCAAGAUAGAUGGCAAAAUUAGUGUGAACGGAGAAGCACUUAAUGGUACAGAGGAACAGAAAGAAUCCUCUGUCACCUCAACCUUCACUCCCUCGCUGACCAGAUCACAGAGGUUUGAAGGUGUUGCCAGAGUUGAUGCACCAACAACUGAACAGAAGACAGAUAUUUCUUCCAUUGAACUUCACCUAACAAGACCGAAUGUGCAUAGUCCUGACAAGGAUCCCAAAGUAACCUCUGAAGGGAUAAACCAUGCAAACCAAGUGAAUGCAAUGGAUUCUUCUUUGACAACUGAACAUGGCCACACAGAACAAACAAAAGAUUCCACACAGUCUCUUAUACUAAGCAAAGAAGAACCCAUCAUGACCACACUAUCAGUCACUACAACUGAACCCACAGUAAAUGGAAAGGAUCUGGAAGAAGAACAAAAAGAGGACUCUAAAUCACUGGUUAUGCAUUGGUCUUUGAAAUCCUCUAUUAAGGAACAAAAUGAUACUGCCCUGUGUCAGGACAAGAGAAAGGCUGAAGAUGACAUAGAUGCACUACAGAAAGAGAAGCAUGGAGAGCUGGAUGUCAGUGGGACCUCAGCAGUCUUUCAGCCCCUUCUUAAUUCCCCGAGUCGAUUUUGUGCUUGGGACCCAGAAGAAGAGCGGAGACGACAAGAGCGGUGGCAGCAGGAGCAAGAAAGGUUACUUCAGGAAAGGUACCAAAAAGAACAAGAGAAAUUAAAGGAGGAGUGGGAGAAGGCUCAGAAGGAGGUGGAAGAAGAGGAACGUAAAUAUUAUGAGGAGGAAAGGAAGAUCAUAGAAGACACAGUGUUACCAUUGACCGUGUCACCAGUCAACAGUAUCCAUCAUAGUUUAUCUGAAACAAAUGGAACUUCGGUCUCCAACCACAGUGAACCAGGGCCAGGUGUUCAAGAAGAGCCCUUGAGAGAAGACAGAAAUCAUCUAAUGGACAAUUCAUACUUACAAACCCAGUUAUUGAACAAAGAAGGAGCCAAUCAUAUAGCAUAUGAGGAUCAAACAAAAAGGAAUGGCAGUACUGAAAUAGAAGAGAACAAGGCUACAUCAGUAAAGGAAAUGGACCAAAAGCCUGGACAGCAGCACAAUGCUCCUACCAAACUACACCUUCAGUUAGGACUGACACCUGAGGCACAUUUAUCUGAGGAUGUCAAUAACAGUUUACCUAAUAACAGUGUCCAGCAGAGGACGCCCUGUUUUGAUUCAAAAGGAUUUGUCACCCCGGACAGCCCCAGGGAUAUUGGCUACUCCUCACCAUCUCCAACAUCACAGGGCCAGUCAUUGAACAGGUCUGUGAGUGGAAAGAAAUUGUGCUCUACAUGUGGCCUUCCUCUUGGGAAGGGGGCAGCCAUGAUUAUUGAAACACUCAGCCUGUAUUUUCACAUCCAGUGCUUCAAGUGUGGAGUCUGUAAGGGACAUCUUGGUGGUGCGACUACUGGAACAGAUGUCAGGAUCCGUAGUGGCCUAUUAAACUGCAAUGAUUGUUACACAAGAUCCAGAACGGCCGGUCAUCCCACCCCAUUGUGAUUCCAGCACUUGCCAUGAAGACCUUCCACAGAGAAGAGCCUACACUCUCCCAUGAAGGUGGACUUUAGACAAUCACUUUUACCUGCAGAGAUCCUGACACUCAUCUCAUGACAGUGUGUGGUGCUUGCUAGCAUACUACAUGAUUUGCUUAACAUAUGCCGACAUUCAUUUGGAAAAACAAAUCCAAUAGAUGGUAAACCUAACAAACACCACAAAAGAGCAUUGUGUAUUUGCCAAGAAGAGUUCAGUCAGGCCCUGGUUUACAAAUACCCCCACUUCCUGUGGUGUGAAGGCUUUGAUAAAUGACACGCCCAGGAGGUGCCUCUCUUAAUACUACAUAAGGUGCAGCCGAUUGUAUAUCUACUCAUAGGGCUACACUGUACACACAUGUUACAUCACAUGUAACCAGAAAACACCUCUAUCCUUACAUAUUAAUGAUUGUGGUGUUGUGACAUGCUGAGACACUACUUAGACCUGUGGCGUGGAGGCUCCAGGUCCUGCUUACUGGUGUCCAGUGGUUUGCACCUUCAUUGCUUAUGGGAUGGCAAAGCAUUAAGUUAUAGAUUCCUAUUAGAUAACAUUGACUGCACCAUGAGUCUUACAUACAAGGAAGAUAUAUGCUCUAAUCUUGGGUCACCUGAUGCAAUCCUUCCAGCAUUUCAGAACAAUAGUGAUGUAUCCGUGUGAAAUGUGUAAACUUUGCAGACAGCUGAUGGAUGUGAAUGUUCUUGGGUAUAGACUUUCUAGCACAAUAAAAGUACUUUGCUGUUUUGGUCUCUAUAGAAGCUCAUAGAAUGUAAUCACAGUUGGAAUGUGUUGAAUGCAUACACUAGGGUGACUGAUGCCUUAUCUUAUGUGCAUACCACAUAAUGUUCUCAUUUUUGCAUUACGUUUAGGUAAGUUAUGGAUAUUCAGCUUCAUUUAUUCACUGUGGCAGUAGAUGGCACUAUCACACUGACAAUAGUGAUAGCAGUCAUUGGUGCUUUGUCCACUAUGUAUUGAGGUAUAGAUGGAUUCAGACAAUUUGUGUUUACACUGAGCAUUGGGUUUGGCACUGAGCAUUGGGUUUUACAUCAAUAGCGUUGCUUACUGGCAAGACUACCAGACUUUGCCUACUACCAAUGUCAUUUGGAUAAGGCAGACCUGGCCACUUAACUAAUGUGCACUAUGAAGAAAUGAUCGAAUACAUAUGAGACAGCUGUCUCAAUAAAAAAUAAAAAAAAUUGUAGAUAAAUCAAACAGAACAGUUUUUGUAUUCUGGAAUGUGGUUUUCCUAUGUCCGGAAACCCAAGGGCUCAGAAUUUGCAGCUUGACAUUUACAUUGUAAAGGAAUUAAUUAUUAUUGGAAGCUUGUAAAUGUUUAGAAAGACAUCAGUGUAUCUAGAAGGCUGGUAGGGUAACAAAACACCUGAACCAGCACGUGGCACCCUAAGAAAUAACUAUACUUUCAAAAGUGGCUAUUAAAUACCCCGCCUCAGAAACAAUGGUGCCCUAUUAUUGUGUCAUGUCUGUUUGUAAAGAGUAUAGGAUGCAAAUCUGCUGUUGCAUAAGCAAUAAUAUGUCUUCUCAUGCUUUUAGCAACUAUUUAUUUAAGCGCUAGCACUGAUUAUUUUGCAUGCCGUCGAUAGAUAGGUUCUUUAUCAUGUCUUCACUGCGUAAAGUUUUGAUACAUCUCCAGCACUUGCUAUAUAUUGCAACAUACAAAUGGUGCCUUAAAAUGCAAAACUGUUGCAUGUUCCUGCAGGUGCAACAGAUGCAAUAAAUCUACAUUAUUAAGCAAGGUGAGGGAGAUAGGGAGGGGUCUGGGCUUAUCAUAGAGCUGUAGCUUGAAAUGUAAAGGAAAAAAAAUGUUUAAAAAAAAUGUUUUUGAGUUUUGUUUUUAUUUCUUGUGUUUUGCAUGGAUCCGGGUUUUCCAUAGCUAAUGUUUACAUAUGCAUGGUGUCUAUAGACUUUAUAACUGAUUCUUGCCCAAUAUAAACAUUAUUUUAUAAUCAAGAUUCUGUUCUGUUUCAGAGCUAUCUAGUUAAAGAUAGACCUACAGGUCUCCCCUUCACUGAUCAUCUGUGCUUUUAUAUGGGAUGGGAUUUAAUAUUUAUCUGCAUAACACAUGGUGCAGUAUGUACAUAACAGCAGAAAAUCCAUGCUUUAAUAAAAUCAUCACCAGCACACUGUGUUUGGUUUUCUAUGGUCCCUUUACCAGCUUUUAUGAUAAAUUGGGGCAUAUAUUACAUCACAAUCUCUUUCAGACACUACUUGGUUGAAUGAACUGUAUAGUGGAAUCAUAAGGCUUCACUCAUCCCCAAAAUUCACUUGUGUAUGCCGAUAACCCUAAUAUCCCACUAUGGUAUUAUAGUAAUCUUCUGGGAAGCUGCUAAAUGGGCACUGUCACUUUUAAAAGAAAAAAACUUUUGACUUGUCAAAAAGUUUAAUUGAUCGAGGUCUGGGUGACUGAGAACUCCCAAUGGAAGUCUAUGGGACCAUUCUAGUCACACGCAGUGCGUGGAGAGAAGCACGGAACUGUGCGCGCCUUUCCUGUGUUUUCUACAACAUGCCAAAGUUUUCUUAAAAUGACAUGUAAACUUUAAAUAUAAUUAUUUGGUAGGGUCCACCACUGUAGAGCUGCUUUGGGCCCUGUUUACACCUGACAUGGAGAAAGCAAGGCACUGCCGGAUUGUAAAGCCAAAAAUCAUCUUCUUUUUCUUUUUUUUUCUUUUUUGUAUCUUUUUUUGCUAGUUAAGGAAAGAAAAUCGCCCAUGUCUUUCCUCUUUGUCAUGGUACAGGCAGAACCAGUCUACAGCAAUGUGAUGAUCCCAGAAAACAGCCCCCAUAUCUCAGUUUCCUUUUAUUAUUAAGUUUAAGUGAGGGGGUAUUGUGGUAUUAUGCAUUCACACCUGAAUUUUCUGUGAUUGGAGAUAGGAUUUAAGACAUUUUCAGGUGUCAUGUUUUCAGCACUCUCUUAUAAAUAGUCAACUACUGUCAGGCAUACCAAAUACAGAGCUAGUGUGUGACUGCGUUGUAUAUUUUGCUAACAUAACGUAUUGUGUGCAAUCUGCUGCUGAUCCUUGUGGCAGUGAUAGAAAAUCUUUGACUCUCUGUACUUCUGGUCUUACU